AUGCUUAUAGUCACGGCUUUUGGUUAUCCAAGAAAACUAGCUGGAAGUGUUCCAGAAGAAGAAGAAGAACCUAUGUACGCUUCCGACGAAAGCAAUAAAAAACCAAUACACAUCAGAAAUCCAGAAAAUAUGACUCACAGCGUUAAUCUAACUGAAAUUGGUGACAAAAAAAAUAAAACAAUAUACAUUGCAAAUCCAGAAAAUGUAACAAAUAACCCUAAUGUAACUGAAAUUGAUGCCGCAGUGACUACAGACAAUGUUACUGACAAUAGCACAUCAGUAGAAAGCAAUAACACUUCAGAAUAUGAAAAUGAUAACGAGGAAGAAUAUGAAGAGGAAGGUGAAGAGGAAAAUGAAAACAAUGACGAAAUUGAAUCAGUGACUCCUCAUGAUGACGAGAAGGGAAAUCCAAAGGAAACUAAGCAUGAGGUUGUAGAUGAAGCGAAAAUGCGCGAGCUACGACGAAAUAAGCGUAAAGGGCUUGUCAGAAAAUGCGUGUAUACCAGAUACGUGCGCAUCGAAGAUGAGUUCGGCUGCGAGAUGUGCACAUGCAUCUACGAGAAGGCGAUGAUGCUGUGCGCGCCGUUUGAAUGCAAGGACCGUGGGUUCCUGGGCGAGGAGCUCGACCCGGCUACCUAUAGCGAUUAUAUUUUAGCCGUUCCGAUUCAUUUUAGCGAAUACAGAUGCGACCGCGGAGAGACGAUUCAAGCCAGCCUCACCUGCGACUGUACGUGCAUCCAGCAGGAUAUCCUAUCCUGCCCGGUUGCCUGCCAGGUCGGCCGACCCCUCAGCUAGUGUGUUAACAGGUCGCUCAUGGACGAUGACACAUGUUGAAUUCCAUAGAAAAAACCUAGUUAAAUAAAGAGAUAAAGAUAAGAUAAA